AUGCCGCUGUUCUGGUCUGUUUUGUUACGGUUGUCGUACGGCUGCGUGGCUUUGCGGGUCGCUGACGGCGCGCAGCCAUACCGCAUUACCACCGGCAGCGGAGAGCAGCAGCACAAUAUCAUCAUCGCAGCCCUGAUGACAACCUCGCCUGCAUCCUACACUUCCUCGCAUUCCUCUUCUUCUUACUAUCCGUCGUCCUGCAGCUCCAUCUCUGCUCCCCGCACCUAUCCCGUGUCUUCGGUGUCUCCACCUCCGCGCCGGUCCCGUCAACCCCAACCUGACCGUCCUGACGAGCUCCGCGCCAGAGACCAUCUGGCAAGCCUGAUCAGGAAACACGGUCCCCCCACACCCGUGCUGUCCACUUCGUCCUUGCGUAAAUUAACGUCGACUUCUCCUAUUCCUUCGCCUCGUCUGCCUCCUUCGUCGCUCGAUACUCCUCCUGCUUCCCCGACCGCCUUCGAGUCCUCCUACGUGUCGGCCUCGGGCACCCAGCCCAUUCCAAUUCCUCGAGCCAAUUCCAAUCGCUGCCUCGACGCCUUUCCUCUGACUCCGUUGACGGGCCGUUUCGAUCAGUGUCAUUUCUUUCCACAGGAACAGCAAUCCUCGCAGCCCCGUCCCGGAGCGAGAAACCGGCGAGAAAGAAAAGAGUCGGGCCGCGCAAUCCUCCUCCUCCUCCUCCUCCUCCUCCUCCUCCUCUUCGUCCUCCCGUUCCACCUCCACGAAGACAAUGCAGAGCUCGCAUGGACCAUCCCUGACCAUGUCUUCUCAGUCGGGACGUCCCCUCUCGCCAAAGCACUCGCCCAAGCCGAGCCCUUUGUACCUGGGAAACCUGCCCCGUUUCCAUCCGGCCGUCUACCAGUCGCCAAACAGUUCAUCCAACAACUCGUCCUCACCGCAGAGAUCCCAUGGUUAUCGGGUGUCGUCCGGGUCCUCGCGAGAUGCACUACGGCAGUAUCGCGAGCUGAUAGCCUCCAGUGUGACUUCUCCGCGCAGUUCCUCCCCCACCAGCUUCUCCAAGCCUUCAGCGCCGCGACUCGAUCCGCUCAGAAGUCCGGGUCCCGUCACCCCGUUGACUCUCGAGGAAGCAGAGGGCUACAUGGCUGCUGGAUCGGCCAACAAAGACGACAAUUCCUCGCAGCAUCACCAAGACGAGAGACCAGCGGAACGGGAUCACGAGCAACUGGUAUCGUCCCAGUCCAUGGAAUCCAAGGGCCGGUGAUGUCGGUGCUGCUUUCGCUCUCUGGCAUGGAUAAUCUGCGUGGCUGGAGGGAGAUCUAUUUCCACUUGAGAUCCACAAAUCUCUGA